GCUCAAAGUAUCCUGCGGCGCGUGAAACUUCCUUGAAAAGGGGCAGCAUGUUGCGUGCACUGUUUUCAGGCAGCGAUGAUGCCACGAGCCAAGCGCAGCAAGGGGCGUCCCAGCCGCCUGUGCGGCUGCUGGUGAUCCAGGCAGAUGACUAUGACUGGCCGGUCAUCCUGAAAGGUGCCAGGAUAAAAGAUGGCCGUCCCAUCGUGGUGUACCAGACUGGCUGGCCUGACAUCCAUGUUCAUGCCAGCACCUACUCAUCUGCCAGGAUCUGUGUGGAGAUUCUGAGUUUGGCGAAAUGUGCCACGCCGCCAGAAGGUUUGGCGCUAUCAUCUGGUCGACGCAUUACCAUGCAGCCUGAUUUCGUGCUGAUUCGGAAUGAAGUGAAGACACCAUCCUUUGAUGCCAGAAGCAAGCUGAAUGGCCUGAUGUUUGCAGGUGUUCCGUGUAUGAACUCCCUGGAAUCCAUCAUGAUGUUCUGCGAACGUCCAGCAGUGCAAGGCUUCUUGCAUCAGCAACAGCGACGUUUGGGCGAUGCGUUUCCAGUGGUGCCGCAGCAUUUCUGCUCCUCCUCGAAGUCCCUGAUGUAUGGAUACACCUUCCCUGCAGUGGCGAAGGUGGGUUCGGCUCAUGCAGGAGUGGGGAAGAUGAAAAUUUCAGACCACAAACAAAUGUCAGACUUCAGAUCGAUUCUGGAGAUGAUGCCUGAUGAACACUGCAUGGUGGAGCCAUUUAUUGAAAGCCAAGGCGACUUGAGAAUCCAGAAGAUUGGUUCCCACUACCGUGCUUUCAAGCGAAUAGGCAUCUCUGGAGACUGGAAGACCAACACCUGCACCGCCAUCAUGGAUGAGAUCCAUUGCACGGAGCGCUACCGGCAAUGGGCAGAUGUGGCAUCGCAGCUCUUUGGCGGUCUGGAUAUCCUGACAGUGGACGCCAUCAUCGAAGCUGAGACCGGCAAGGAGCUCAUACUCGAGGUGAACGGAACAUCUUCGGGUCUGCACCCAGACAAAGCUCAGGAAGACAACCAGUUCAUCAAGGAAUUGCUGCUUCAGAGGAUGACUGCUGCAUUGUGCGCUGACGAUCUGAAUACUGCGAGCUGAAAUCCAAGGGAGGAAACCGUUGAAAUUGCCACAGGGCGACUGGUUGCUGGUUUCAGCCAGUUGAUGGGAG